GAAAUAUUGAAAAGACGCAGUCUAUAUAUGCUACGUCUAUGGCUAUUACCAAAUGAUGUCACGAGUUGUGUCUGGUGUGUCAUUCCUGUAUUUCUCGGCAGGUUUACGUAGUGUGGGAGUUUGCCGUGCAACAUCAGUGUGCCAGACGAAUAUAAACAAACAUACAUAAAGUAGCAAAUCAAGUGCUAAUAUUUCACUGUGAUAAUGACGAGAAAAAUAUACCUCACAAUUUUGCUCUGGAGUAUCUUAGUAUGCCAAGGAAGCAGCCUGUACUGUUAUAGAUGUAAUAGUAAUAAUCCUGGAUGUGGGACACCUUUAAAUUGGUUAUGGUAUUGGGGAGAAACCUGUCCAGAAUAUGACGACAAGUGUGUGAAGAUACUUGAACGUAAAGGAGCUGAAACAAUCAUCACACGUGAAUGUCUAAGCUCUGUACGUAGCUUCAGAACAGAUAUUCCUGCUGAUCAUUAUGAAGGUUGUAGGCCUGCUGCUAAAGAUGUACGAUUAGGGCAUUAUGUCAAUAAUAGUAUUCAUCAGUUGGAUAUACAUCGUGACUAUUACGAUGAGGUUACUUGGUGUUUCUGUUAUUUUGAUCAUAGAUGUAAUAGUGCAGGAAGUAUCGCUAUUUCGAUGCUGCUUGUGUCUUCAGGAAUUGCUGUACACUAUUUUACGUCUUGAAACUGACACUAGAUAUUUUAUUCAUAGAAUCUCAUUUACUUUUUAAAAUUAUGUAAUUACAAAGACUUUCUUGCACUCUCAACGCAAAGAGAAAAUGAAUUAUUCCACACGUAUUAAUUAUUGAAGAUUAUGACAUCAUUUUACUGAUUUAGAUCAGUGCCUGGAAUUAUUUCCACAUUUUGGGCAGAUUUCAGAGGCAACGCCUACUACUCCCCCCGCAGCCGCUUCCCGCUCGACGGCUAGGCUGCCGAUCGCGCGUGAGAUGUUUGGCCUCAAGAUCGUAUCAUCGAUCUAUUAAAUUAUUAUCAAAAUAUUUUUCUUCCCCAAUAAUUUCUAUUUUUAUAAAUAAAUACAUUUUUAUUUGUAACUGUAUAUCCAUUGAGCGUUAAAGUUCUCAUGUGAGAUUACAGAAAUUUAAACAUUGAUAUCUUAAAAAAAGUAUAUUUGUUAAUAAUGAGAGUGCUCUGCUUCGAUAUUAUCUUGCAACUGAAAAUAUCUGGAGAAUGAAUAGCAAAUUAAUAUUUUAUGAUAUAAAAUUUUGUGUUUUCCUGCUGAGCCAACAUAUAUUUCAUCAUCUUGAUAGUGCAAUAGACCAACUGGGGAAACCACUUAAAAAAACGCAUCAACAAUAGUACCUCAUGGAUGAUGUGUAAAUCUAUUGUUAAAAUUUCGAGUCGAGCGGGGAGCGGCUGCGGAGAGGAGUAGUAGACGUUAUCUCUGAAAUCUGCCCGAAAUGUGGAAAUAAUUGCGGGCACUGAUUUAGAUUAUAUAUGAAUAUGUAUUAGGAUAUGUGUUCAUUUAUAUUUUUUAGAAACUAAAAUUCACAUUGACAUAUACAUUAGCUUAAUUAUUUAAGAUAUGAUGUCAAGUUUUUGAAAAUUAUAACACUUCCAAUUUUAA